UAAAAGGAACUACAGGAAGUCCUCGAUUUACGAACGAGUUCCGCGUAAGUCGGAUUUCACCGUUAAAGUCGUAAUUUACGGCGAAAUACUUCUGUUACGGGUAUUGUCCCACGUGAUUGUGACAGCAAGCUCAGUACGUGUGGUCGUGUGCGUCGAUGUGUGAGUGAGACGGGACUGCGAAGGAGGAAGGAAUGCCCGCCGGUGCGAAUGUGUACAGUAGCAAGUGUAGUGACGGCGACCGGGGAAGAGUAGCAAUUAGCGCAGUACCCGUUGACGUUAAUGUGCAGAGGAGCUAAUAAAGCCAUUAAAGCAGCAAAUCAUUGCUUCGUGCCUUCGUUGUUGCCGCCACCCAGCUCAGCUGUGCAACGAGAGAAGGGAGUUAACCCCGAGGAGGAGAACCUCGGCCAUGGAGAAGGCAUCUCCCCUGCGUCUCUCGACCACGGUCAGGUGACCGUAGCAGGAAAGGUUAACACUUCGUAUUAAGAAACUAAAAUACAUUAAAAGAAAAACAUAAGAUGCUGUACUUACCAUUAAUGCUGAGAGUGUGAAAAAAGGAGGGCGAAAAAUGUGAAGAUACUCCGGCCCACAAACACAGACAAGCACUAUGCACUAGCUAAGCAGAAACACUAUGGUGCUGGGACAAAAUGGCGGACGAGGCACGGGCGUCGUAAAGUCGAGUACGUCGUAAAUCCAGGACUUCAGGUAAAUACAGUGCUGACCUGACUCAUGUGUGAUUUGAGAUAUGAGCCGUCUUUCGGCAGUUGUUUUUUUUUCUCGCUUGUCUGAUGUGGGAGUGCAAACUUGCGAUACGACACUGUAUGUUGGCAGUGAACUCAACUCAGCUCACUUCACAACAAGCAGCAGUUUGGCAGAUAACUGUGAGGGUUUUGUGGUGGUGGUGGACAAAGUGGAGGGCUCCAGCAUGGGAAUGCAGAAAGGGGAGUAGGAGUAAUGCCCUAAAAAGUUCCAACAAACCCACCAUGACGAAGGAGAACUUCACCAAGUUCCUCAACGAGAAGCAGAGGGACUCCCGGCUCAAUGAGGAGCUUUUUCCACGACUACGGCAGGACCAGAUAAAAGCUUUGAUGCUCAAAUAUGAACCUUAUAGCACUAAUUGUAACAGAGGUCUCAUUACCCCAGAAGCCCUCUUGUCCUUCCUGGUGGGUCCUGAGACUUCAGUGGUCAUGCAGGACAGGCUGGCCAAGUGUCAUGACAUGACCCAGCCUCUACCCCAUUACUUCAUUAAGUCCUCCCACAACACAUACCUGACAGCUGGUCAGUUUUCUGGCGUGUCCUCUCCGGAGAUGUACCGCCAGUGUCUGUUGUCCGGCUGCCGUUGUCUGGAACUGGACUGCUGGAAGGGGAAACCUCCAGAGGAAGAGCCCGUCAUUACACACGGCUUCACCAUGACCACUGAGAUCCUUUUCAAGGAUGUGAUUGAGGCCAUUGCUGAGAGCGCCUUCAAGACCUCACAGUAUCCCGUUAUCCUUUCCUUUGAAAACCAUGUUGACUCAGUGAAGCAACAGGAGAAGAUGGCCAACUACUGCAAAACCAUAUUUGGUAAUGCCCUGCUGACAGAGCCUCUGGACAAAUACCCCAUGAAGUCAGGACAGCAGAUCCCGAGUCCAUCAGAGCUCAUGGGCAAGAUCCUGAUCAAGAACAAGAAGGGAAGUCAUAAGAACACAAACCAAAUCAACAAGAAGAGGAGCACAUCAGCCAGUGAGGAGAUGACAACCAUUACUUCACCCGCACAAAACACUGACCCGCUUUCCAACAAUCCUGUCUACCCGAGCAAUCUGGAGAACCAGGGUGGGGAUAUGACUGUGGAAGACAAUGAGGAACAAGAGGACACAGAGGAACAGGAUGAGGAAAAAAUGAAGACCUGCGAUGAGGGCACAGCUGGACAGGAAGUCACAGCAUACGAGGCAAUGUCAUCGUUGGUCAACUACAUCCAGCCAAACAAAUUCAUCUCAUUUGACAAUGCCAGAAAAAAGAACAAGAGUUAUGUCAUCUCAUCUUUUGUGGAGACAAAGGGGGAAACUAUGAUUGCCAAGACUGCCGUUGAAUUUGUUGAAUAUAAUAAAAGGCAGAUGAGCAGGAUUUACCCAAAAGGAACAAGAAUGGACUCAUCCAAUUUCAACCCCCAGCCCUUUUGGAAUGUGGGCUGCCAGAUGGUGGCACUUAACUAUCAGACAUUGGACUUGCCCAUGCAGCUGAACAUGGCUCUGUUCGAAUUCAAUGGGAGGACGGGCUACCUACUAAAGCACGACGUGCUACGGCGCGGUGACAAGAAGUUUGACCCUUUCUGCGACAGGAUUGACACAGUUGUGGCAAUCACACUGACCAUUAAGAUCUAUUCAGGACAGUUCCUGUCUGACAAGAGUGUAAAAACUGGAGUCGAAGUGGAGGUCAUUGGACUGCCAGGAGACCCCAAGAAGAAAUAUCGCACCAAGUGGUCCACUACACCCAACUCUAUUAACCCAGUGUGGAAUGAGGAGCCUUUUGUUUUUGACAAGAUUCUCCUCCCAGAAAUGGCUUCUCUGAGAAUGGCAGUCCAUGAGGAAAAUGGCAAAUUCCUUGGACACAGAAUCAUUCCCCUUGAUGCCAUUCAGUCAGGCUUCCAUCACAUCUGCCUGCACAGUGAAAGCAACAUGCCGCUCACUCUGCCUGCACUCUUUGUGUACAUUGAGGUCAAGGACUACAUCCCUGCUGCUUUUGCAGAUUUCACAGAUGCCUUAUUCAACCCAACAAAAGGCACCGAGAAGACGACAAGGACCCCAAAAGAGUCAUCCUUAGACUACAUUUCUCCUUAUGAGCUGCCUUUUGUGCCCCACACGACAGUGAUCAAAGCAAGGGAACCAACAGUAGAAAUGGUGCUUUCGGAAACAAAUCCACUUGAGGCCAGGGAAUCACCAUCCCGUGAUGCUUCACCUGAAGCGAGUGGAGAAGAUGCUGAAGAAGAGAGAAUGUCAGACACUGCACAAACUGAAGACCUUCUUGUGGAUGCGGAACCAGCAAGUUCCACAUAUGAGACACUUCCUGGUGAUGACGUCGUCCCUGAAGAGGAUGCCACACAGCCCGAGACGACCACUAAAGACAUAGAGGAGUCAAGCAGUGACUCUAGAAACUCGGAACUAAUUUCAAAUAAUGGACGAGUCGAGAAGGAUGUUCAAGGAGAGCCCGCUCCAUUCAGUGCAUCACCGGAAUGUACAGUGUCAGAUAAAUCAUCUUCGGGUUCUAGUGAAGCGAUGUCUGCGUUUGUUGGAGAAACAUCCACCCUGACGACUGCAGAAUUGAUACAGCACAAGAGCUACCUGAAGGUCAUCAAGCGUCAGGAGAAAGAGACCAAAGAAGCAGAAAAGAAGUAUCAGAGAAAGACAGAAGAUAUGAGCCAAAACUAUUCAGAUGCUUUCAAGGCCUGCAAGAAAAAGGCCUUGCUGAGGAAAAAAGAUGCAUCCCUGAUAGGAGGAAGCAUGUUGGGCUGCAGCCAAAAAACCGUGCAAGUGCACGAGCAAAAGAUGCAGGCUGAGCUGCGCGCACUGUGGAUGGAACAGUGUGAUCAGCUGAGAAGGAAGAAAGAGCAGUAUGCCACAGAAAGACUGGCUAAACUGAUGAAGAUGGCCAAUGACAGACACAGCAUAGAACUGAAGACCUUGGAAAGUGAAAUCAAAGAGAGCAAGAAGAAGACAAAAUCUUCCUCACAGAAAGCCAAGCUGAAAAAAGCAACAAGUAGGGAACUGUCGGAUGAGCCUGAUGAAUCGGAAUGUGUGUCUUGCGAGUACAGCAUGCAGCAAGAGACUCUGCUGGUGAAACAGGCGGCCACGCUGGAGGAGAUCAAGGCUCUCACUAAUCAGCUUAAUCAGGAGGCCCUGAAGGAGCACGAAGAUAAAAUGAGAUCUCUGCCAGCAGAGGUGAUGGAGGCUGUUAACGCCUGUCUGGGCGCCCACUUCCCUGAACUCAUCGAGCAGUCGGCCACCAUUAAAGUACAAGGGUCAAACAUCUAUGGAGAUGUCUUUCUAGGCUAGAUGGCUCUUCGUUCCUGAACCCUGGUCCUUCAGUUCAGCUCAAUCAUGGUACUAUGGAAGAUUUUUUUUCAAAUACAAGAGAGCAGUCAGAUAUGUAAUUUUAUAUGUGAAACAUUCAUAUGUUUAGAUCAGUGUUUCUCAACCAGUGUGCCUGGCACACUAGUGUGCCAUGAGCGCUCUUCAGCUGUGCCGAGGGAAAUUAUAAAGUUGUAUGUAAUUGCUCAAAUAAUUACUUAUUUACAAGAAAUAAUGUAUCUUUGUUCAUUUAUUUAUGCCAGUGAGGCAUAGUGACAGAAAGAACAAAUAAAUGCUCUUCUAUUAGAUGGAAGGGUGUACAUAGAGUAAUCCACUUUUUGUGAGGUUUUUGUUUGUUGGUGUGCUGUGGGAUUUUUAAUAUGGGCCUUGGCUCCAUAGAAGUUGGAAAUCACUGGUUUAUAUGAAGGAAUACUGUGUAAUGAAAUUGAAAAAAAAAACAACUAUGACAAUUAAGUCAUUGAGUUAUGAGAAUAAAAUCAACAUUAUAAUAUAAUUGAAAGACACUGGUGGUUUAAUGGCUUCUGUGCAGGCAGCAUUGGUUUGGUUUCCCAUUAGGUGAAUUUAAGUGUGAGUGGUUUUCUGUCUCUGUGGGCCCUGUGAUUGGCUGGCAGCUAGGCUGGAGGGAUAAUAAAGU